CGGAGAAACCAGAGAGCGGAGGAAAGGCCGCUGGGGCAAGAUGCUGAUGUGACAUCAACUGGAUUCGGUCAAGUGGCAGAGCCGUCUUUCUGCAAGGUGGGCGAGUGAGGCAAGGAGAUGUUUUGCCGAAUGAUUGCUGCUCCCCCCCUCUCUGUCUGUCCAUGUGCCGACUGUCUGUCUGUCUGUCUGUCUGUCUCUGUGCGUGUCCACCAGUCGCCAACACUGACAGAGACCCCUGCUUGUCGGCAUCCGCAUCUCUUGUGUGCACAGGUACGGAGAGCAAACACCACUCAGCCAGGGUGAGGCGACCCGCACGACUCUGUCUGACUGUCUGUCUGUCUGUGAUGUGACUGUGAUGUGCUUGUGCAGACUGAUUAUCUAUCGCAGCUGGCUGCAGUCCAUCGGUUGAUUUGAUUUGAUUUGAUUGAUGUUGCCGCCAUUGGGACAUUGGCAAGGGGAAGCCAACGAGUCGUUUUGUCCCGCCGGUUGAGCGCUCGAGGCCUGCAGGGAGGGAGGCACCAUGAACGUGGCUCUGAGCUGCCUGCCCAUCAAGCGCUUCUACAAGUACCUGCUGAAGCGCGUGUUGGGGACCUUUCUGCGUCACGACCUGGAGCUGGACCAACUGGAUGUGCACCUCUACGACGGGCGCAUCGAGCUCCGGGCGCUCGAACUGGAUGUGUUUUCCUUCAACGAGUCGCUGAGCGACGGCAACGCCCCCGUGCGGCUGAUCGCUGCCAGGGUGGGCAAGCUGCACAUGGAGAUUCCGUGGGCCAACAUCCUCCAGGACCCCUGCAAGAUUUAUCUAGAGGACGUCUAUGUGGUGCUCGUGCCCUGCCACACCAACUCAGACGCAGCUGAUGCGCACGGCAAGAGGGACCCGCUGAAGCCUCGUUCCGCUGCUCGGUCUCCCACGUGCCAUCCCCCGCUGCUCGUCCCACAAGCGGCGGCGAAUGGCGGUGCGGGGAAUAAUUUGGCCGCCAACACCAACACGAGCCCCCCCUCUUCGCGGCGUUAUGUGUAUGAGGGCAUGGAGGCUCUGUCGCGUCUGAUCCAGCAGAUCAUCGCCAACACUGAGGUCUGUUUCAAGAACGUCGAUGUGGUCGUCCAGAUGCCAUCCCACACCACCCAGACCCACCACCACCAGCACCACCAGGUGCCCUCAUCGGCCCCCGCCAGCCACCAGGCGUCAUCGAGCGAGGGCGUGGAGACCCCCACCCCUCCCUCUCUGCCCACGGCCACCACCAACACGCCGGCGGCGUCGCCCCGGGACAGCAGGGACGACCGAGGGUGUCUGGUGCUGCAUGUGGCCACCAUGUUUGCCUAUUCGGAGGCGCAGCAAUCCCGGUGCCUUCGCAUAUGGGGUGUGACGGUGGGCAUGGUCCCGGCAGCCUCAGGCUGCUCCCUCUCCCCGUCUACCAUCAAGAACCGCCAGGGCGUCACCACGCUCCUCUCGGCUUGCGACGGGGACGCGCCAUCGGGCAUGCUCAAAGUCAAGACCUGCCAGCGCGACGCCAGUGGUGGUGCUGAGGAGGGCGAGAGCAAAGCGGGCGGGUCAACAACUGUCGAUAUGGACGUGUAUGUCCCCGUUGUCAAGGCGAUCGUGAGCUACGGCUCGCUGGGGCACCUUGUGCGCAUUAUCGACGCCCUCACCAGUGGAGAGCCACGGCCGUAUGGGGGCGGAGAGCGGCAUCCCCAGCGGCAGCACCAGCAUGAGGGCGCGGUUGGUAUGAGCAGGCCCGGUGUGGGUGUGGGUGUGGGUGUGGGGGAGGAGGACGUGUCGGCCAGCCAGGUGACCUCCUGCAUUUUUCACUCCCUGCUCGAGCCUGCAGAAGGUGCGCAGAGCCAUGGAACAACAGACAGACAGACAGACAGAUCGACUGACGGGUGGAUGGACGUAUUGCAUUUUCCUGUCUCUUGUCCUGUCUUGUGUUGUCUCUCUUGUCGUGGGUUCUGUGUGGCAGUGCUGGGUGGUCCCUCCUCCCGUCCGCCCCCCACGCAUCAGACCCGCGUGUGGAGCCAGCUCUACAGGUACUUCGAGGUCGACGCCACUCUCGAGGACCAAGCCGCAUCCACCAACUACCAACACCAUCACCAACACCAACACCCGGCCCCGCACGAGUUCCCCGACGAGCAGCCACUUCACCGCGCAGACGCGUCAGAGGCCUCUCCUGGCCAUGGGGAGAGGGAUGAGACUGCGUCGUCGCUUCUGUCUCCGCCGAUCGAGUGGCGCGUGACUCUCGAGGUGCCCGGCGUGAUGCUGGUGCUGGCUCUUCAGGACCAGGCGGACAUCCACCCCACGCCCAUGGCGCUUUCCCCUUUGCCACCUGACAAACUUACCGCCAGCUGUCUGCAGGCCUGUGUCGACCGCGUCCAUGUCGCCGUCGCGCACCAGCACCACCAGCCCGGGACGGAUGUCGAUGCUCAUGCCGUUGAUGCCGGUGAUGCUCAUGCCGGUGAGCAGCUGGAGGUCUCGGUGACGUGCUCGCUCAAGGGCUGUGAGGUGCACGCCCACAUGCUGCAGCAGCUGCCCUUGCCGUUGCCUCUCCCUGGUGGUCUUGCCACUGGACAACCCCAGCAGCAGGAGGCGGUACCUGAGCUGGAGGAGGAGCCUCGCAGGCCCGGCGAGAGGCCCUCGGAUGCUUGCGUGACGGCUUUCUCAGGCUCUGACAGCGUCGUCACGGUCACCACGCCGGCCAACAUGGAGCAGAACGACCUCAACUCGAUGAUGAUGCAAUCGGCCCAGUCCAUCACCGCAUCGGACACCCAGCCCCCCCUCCACCCCUCAUUGGCCACUGACGCCGCUGUGGCUGUUGCGGCUCCGCGGGAGGCGGCGUUUGAGGACACGCCCUUGUCGGUGGAGUCGUGUUCGCUGCACACGCCUUUGACGCCCGUGACGCCCUUCACGUCCCUUACGCCCACCCCGACGCGCAGCGACGAGGGCCUCGGGCUCUUCCGCUCCAUCCCACCCCCACUGCACCCUCACCCUCACCCGCCAGGCGUCAUGGGCCGUGACCAUGCCCGGUCCCUCUCGGCCUCGGUGCACCCCCUGCGAGUGGACGUCGACGGCCGUCUGACGGGCAGCGACGACGACUUCCACGACGCUGUGUGCGCGCCAAUGCUCUUGGGCAGCCACCUCCCCCCUGGGCCGAGCCGCGACGACCACCACGACCACCUUGCUAACAGUGGCGGGGACGACUACCAGACCGAGGAGCUGGACAAGAUCGAGUCCACGGACUCGAGCUGGACGGCUGAAGACGCCGAGGGCCAGGAGGGGGCGCAGGAAGAUCACAGGGGCAAGGAGGAACUGGACGACCUGCGAGGGGGUGACGGUCGCGGCCUGACGGGUGUGCUGCACGGGCUCGAGGGGCGGGAGGGCGGUGCAGACGACAUUGGCGAUGAGGUGGAGAGCGUGUCUGGGAGCGAGGAGGGUGAGGGUGAGAGUGUCCUCCACAGCCUGGAGCACCAGUUCUUCAUGGCAGCCUCCUUCCUCGAGGUGGGCCGCAUCACACAAAGCCUAAACCCUACACCCACACAACACAGAGAGAGAUGCGUCGCGGCCCUUACCUUCUGUUUCUCUGUUACUGUAACCGGACGCGGUGCAGGCGUCAGUGUUCGGUCGUCUACACACGCCAAGGGUGAUGCAUCAGCCCCCCGCCCCCGACGCAGACAACGCCAUGAUGCAGUCGCUCAUACAGACAGUGCGGCCGCUCACGGCCUCCGUCAUGGGGCGACACAAGACGCCCGCGCACCCUUGCCGACGGAAAAGGCAAGAUGAAGAUCAGCCACAGCCACAGCCAGAUGCCCAGCCCCAGGCAGCCCCUGCUGCCCCCGUCCCUCCCCCGCUCACGCACUUCGUCAGCGAAAAGCUGGUCGUCUUUGCGGCCGUGCAGUGGAGGCCAGGUGACGGCGAAGGAGAGGGCCAUGGACCGGAGGUGGCCACUGUCGGUCCGGCAGACGCCCACGUGCCCCCUUUGCUCUUGCCUGACGCCUCCCACCACACCUGGCGGUCACGUAUCCACCAAGGCAAAGACCAAGACCGAGAUCAAGACGGCCAGUCGUCGCUGUGCGAUCUCAAAGUCUCCUCGCGCGUCAUCUUGUCGUCGGCCCUCGAUUCGGCCGGUGCUGGUGAGAGGCGCGAGGUGUCUCGGUGUCCUUCCGUGUCUGGCAAGUCCCUCUCGUCGGCUUCGGCGACGCCGCGUCAGCCCCGGCGUGCGAUGGCUGUGGUGGACGGGCGGGUCGAUGUGGACAUGCAACCGACGGUGCUGACUGUGUCACGAUCGAGCAUCGACUUGCUCAGGGAUGUCGCCACGAGGCUGGCCGCUGACGUGCCUGUGCCUGUCGACAGGCCGGGGCCACAGCCAGAAGGGCGAGAUGGCCACAUCGGCACCGCGGAAGGCACCGUGGCGAGGCGAGAGGAAUCGCCGGUGUUUGUCGGCAGGGUGGUGUGCCCGUCGCUUCGGUGUCAGCUGGGGCUGUCGGUGCGAGGAGACGAGGACGGCGGGCAGCAGCUGCUUGUCGUGGACCUCGCUGGCAGCCAACUCGAGUGGGACAGUGGGGCUGCAGACGCGCCAUCCUUCCACCGACGCAUCAAGGCCCAGGGAGCUCAGAUGAGGGUCGCCCUCGUCUCGUCGCCAUGGCAUCCGCCCUUCCCCCGCACCCCCUCCCCUGCCUCCCAGUUCACGGUCGUCUCCCUCGUGCAGCGCGGCGAAUCGACGGGCAUGGCACCGCUCUCCGUGGAGAUCUUCGUGCGCCCGUCCCUUGCGCCACCACCACAGCCCGACGAGCAUGCCGCCAUGCGCCAAUCCACCAGUCGCCUGAGGCCGCCGAGGGGCAGGGGGGCAUCUUCUCCGCGCAACACAGUGAGUGGCGGCAAGAGGCACUCGGCGCAGGACGGCCUUGGCGGCCACUGGGUGGACAUAGAGUACGGCCUCUCGCCCCUGGGGCCGCCCCAGCCCCCGCUGUCAGUGCGGCCCACUCGUCUGCCGCUGCCACCCACCGCUCUGAGGCACAAAGGGCGCACCACCAGGCGGACACCUCUCGGAAUCCCUUCUGGCGCGGCGCAUGGACAUGGCCUCACCUCGGCUGACGGCAGGCAGCAGAGCGCGGGUGCGAGAGCACCCGAUGGGACAUGUGCGGGAGGGGCUGGCGGCGUCAAGGAUGGCGAGUCGGGUUUGGACCUGGUGCGGCAUCGGGAUGUGGAGGUGGUGGUGUGGCUGCCGUCGGUGGAGGCCACCAUCGACGAGAGGGACACCCCUCUGCUGGUGCGGGUCAUGCACCGCUUCUGCCGCGAAUGGGGGGACGUGACUUCGGCCACCAGUGCGGUUCCCAGCCAGACCUCCUCCGAGACCUACCACACGGCCGUCUCCCACAGCCCAGCCACGCCCACCCCCACUCCCCCCUCCCUCGCCCGAUCCCCAUGCCCCACACCCGCCCCCUCAUCAGCCAUCGCAUCGCCCCGGGACGGUCCCCACCGACCCCUAAGCCCACUGCCCCAGCCGACGAUGGGCGUGCAAGUGUUGUGCGAGCAGCUGCUGCUCGACUGCGGCCGCACUGCGGACGGCGGAUGUGGUCCGCUCGCUGCCUUGCGGAUCAGUAAGGUGUGGGUGAGGGGCGUCCCGGGGGGGCUCGGGGCCACGGUGCAGCGGGCAGAGGUCGCCGUGCAGGGCGAGACGAUCCUUAGGUGUCUCCAUGGUGGGCAGGUGGGGUCUCACGGUGACGGCAGGGGCGACUCUGAUGACGGUCUCAUCCCUGUCAACCCGCUUUUUGCCGCUCUCGGGGCCAUUCACGGCUCGCACAUGGACCGAGCAGCAGACGCCAGCAGCAGCCUCGACGCGUGCGUCUUGUCGACCUGUCUCUCUUUUCCGUCCUCGACCCCCGGCGACCCCUGCCCGCCUCCCCCGCGCAUCAUCCUGUCGUCUGCCAAUCUCUCCCUCUGCGUCUCCCCUUCGCUCUCGCACUCCCUGCCCCCACUGGUCCGCUUUGCCACGGCCAUCGCGCACGGCUGCCAGCCACCACCACCACAGCUACACCCACAGACCCCCACAAGCGUCAAGGACGAGCAGGCACUACGAGGCAAGGAGAGGGAAGCCCCGAGAGGCGCCGUGGUUCGGCUGCGGCUGAGUAAGUCCCUUGUUUUGGUGCCGCGGUGGGGCAGGGACGAGCUGAGGGGCAUUGUCCAUCGGAUGAAGAAGCAGGACGACAUGGCUACACCUGCGCCGGCCACAGGCAGGUCUUGGCGGCGGCGAGACUGGUCGGUGGGGGUGUGGGUGGAGGAGGCUGGGGGAAUCGCCGACUGCGGCAAUGGUAGGGGGGGACCGGUGGCACAUCCAGAGGUCGUCAAGGCCACCAUCCGCGAGGCACACGUGUACCUCACCGACACGACAGCAGUGGUGCGGUCUUCCCUCUCGCUCCCUCCCACGGCCCCCCUCCCUCCCCUGACCCUCCCCUCUGCGCACUGCUCGCUGCCGCCCCACGCCCACCUGCAGACCUUAGGGUUCGCCCAUCUAGGCAGCGUCAUCGGCGCAUCGAGCAGAGGCUACGUGACGCGUCUUGACGGUGACGGUGACACUGAAGGUGACGGCCGUGUGGUGAUGGGUGUGGACGUGCGGGUGAGCACGGCCCAUGUGCACCUCUGCACCGACACGGCCCGGUCGCUGCUGUGGGUGGUGGCCGACCUCACCGAGACAUCCAAGAACGAGGCGCCUUCGUCACCCAAAUCUCGCCCCAUGCCACUCCCCCCCGCCUACCCCCUUGUGGAUGCCACCCCGCCCCCUCACGGCGAGGCUGGUGGUGCGAUUGCGUCUCACGCCCAGGUCGCAGCGAGGCCGGCCGUAUCGACGCCGCAGGCGUCCCCGCUGAGCCACGCCGACAGGCACAUGGUCGACCGCAACGUGUUGGAAGGGGUGGACCUUCACGCAUUCGCGCCAACGACUCACCAGAAGCAGAAGCAGCCCCCGACCACUGGCAAGAAGCAGAGGCGCCCACCCCUCCUGCCCACCCCUGAUGCCUGCUCCCUCCCCCAGGCAGAGCGACAAGCAGAGGCAAACCAUGGCGGGUCCCCGUCAAGGCGGGCUGCUGCAGCAAGACAUCAACUCGACCAGCAGCAGCAGCAGCCGAGAGGGGCUGUGAGGCGAGAGAACGACGCCGGGGGUCAGCUUAAGGCCUUGGGUAUGCGGGAGUGCGUGAUUGAGGACUAUGUGCGGUCUGCCGAGGCGGCCAACCGGUCCAUCUACUCGACGUGUGUCACAUAUGACGAGAGGGGCGCCGCUGGUGCAACGGAGAGGGAGAGGGAGAGGGAGAGGGUGGUCACGGGUGGGGGCGUUGGGGAGGAUGAGGUGACGCUGCUGCUCCUGUCGCCCGAGCAGGCGUCCAGGGGCAGAGUGCAGGCGCUGCAAAUGGAGGAAAAACAAGCCAGGCAGCAGGUGAGCUGUGAGCUGACUGCUGCAGUCCCAGGUGUAUUGAUGUAUGUGUAUGUCUGUUGGUUGAUGCAAUGCCUUGGGUGGGUUGUGUCUGUCGUGUGACGGAUGCAUGGACAAUAGGUGCAAGAGGCGAUAGAGGAACAGCUGCGCACCAGCUGCACCUUCACCGCCCGCCUACCCCCCGCCCACGCCCACGCCACCUUCCCCGACUUCCACAGUGUGGUGCCGUCCGCCACCUACCAGCACCAACAACCCCUCACUCCCGUCAGCGAGGCGCCCUGCCCCUCUGCUGAUACCAAUGGUGGCAGUGACCAUGACAGUGGCGGGAUCGAUGCCAACGCGCGGUGGUUUGUGGACCCGGCGGACGUGCGGAUUGUGGAUGGACACCUCGGGGGAGAGGGCGAGGGUUUGGACGGCUUCGAUGAAGCCAGUGAGCACGAGAGGCUCAAAAUAUGGUAUGCAAGCUGGCAGUGCAUUGGCGGGGGGCAAAGCGUGACACUGGUGGAGUGCAAUAAAUGUCAUAUUUGACCCUCUGUCUCUCUGUCUCUCUGUCUGUCUGUCUGUCUGUCUGUGUUGCGUAGGUACCCCCACGCGGACUGUGUGCUUCGGUGUCAGCUGACGUUCGAAUGCGACGAGGUCUCGGUGGCCUUCCACGGCGGCACCGACCUGCCCCCAUCACCCAAGACCGCACCCACCGAUCGCACCACACCGGGGUCAGCACAACCAACCACCAUCUCACAAGCAUAGUUCUGCCGAUCAAAUGCAUCAUGCACCAGCACCUACCUCUCAAUCUCUCCCUGUCUGUCCUUUGUCGUGCAGCCGCACAGACGAGAGUGUGUGCGUGCGUUUGGAGCACGUGCUGGGCCGGAUGUUCGGCUUUGACGCCGACAGGAGGGGUGUUGGGGGGGCCGGCGGGGACGGUGAGUCGCUUUCGGCCCUCUACAGGCGGCGCUGGAUGUGGAACGUCCGGGUCAGCGAAUGAAUGAGAAAGGACACUGAGGCGUGAUGGGGUCGAUGUAUGUAUUUGUGGCUGCCUGCAUUCGUUGGUUGGUUCUUCAGGAGGUGGGCGUCCAGGACUGUGUGAGCAGUUCUGUCUUCCAGUACGUCCUCUGCUACUUGGAUGACGGCGCGCACAGGCUGCCCCACGCCACCACCACCAGCCCCACCAGCCCCGGCCCCACCACAGGGCCGUCGGUGGACAUGGUGUCGGUGGUGCUUGACGAGCUGGUGGUGCUGAGCAGCCACACCUCCUCUGACAGCGGCUGGUGUCCCAACGAGUACCGUGUGGACGUCCGCGUGAUGCCUCUGCGCGUCACCAUCGACCAGGACACCCUCGAGUUCAUCGCCGCCUUCCUCGAGCACGUCAGGAUGCCAGAAAUCGUCGAGAAGAGGGCGUCUGCGGGCCAGGAGUCCAGGCCCGAUGACGGCGACGAGCAGAGACCCAGCAGGACAGCCUCUGAGGAGUUGGGGAGUGGGGGCGGGUCGUCGCCUACCAGCGCUGCGGCUGCUGGUGCUGGUGCUUCUGUGCUGUCGUCCCCCCUGCCAGUAUUCAUCCAGCACUUUUUCAUGGAUGCACUCCUCAUCUCUGUCGACUACCGGUGAGCUGAGCACAUGGCCGUCCGUACCACUCUGUGUGGAGAGAUAGAUGUCCAUGUCUGUGUGUUUGUUGGUGUGCACAUCCUCAGGUCCAAGCGUGUGAGUCUGUCUGCGCUGCGUCGGGGAGAGUGGUACGAGUUGCUGAAUGUGCUGCCCCUGCUGGAGGGGCUGGAGGUCGCCUUCGGCCGUGUCACGCUGAGGGGCAUCUCGGGGCUCACGCACCUCGGCGACCAGCUGGCCAUGCACUGGAUGAAAGACAUUGACAGGUGCACACAGUAAAAAAACAGCACAGACACAACCGACCCAGCCUUUCAAUCCCUUAUGCUCCCUGUCUGUCUGUCUGCAUGUCGUCAGGUCUCAGGUGCUCCGUUGUCUGUCCGGCAUAACGCCCAUCCGUUCGCUCGUCAACAUCGGGGGCGGCAUCGCCGAUCUUUUCCGCACACCCAUACAGCACAUGCUCGACACGCAACAGGCGCCACCGCAACAAGUCGGUCCCAUCGCAGCCACGGUGCACGGCGAGGGCCCCGGGAUGGGCGACGCGCGCUUCUCGCGCAACUUGCUCAGGGGCGCCACGGCUUUUCUCAAACACAUCACAGUCGAGACCAUGUACGCCACACAGACAAACAGACAGACAGACAGACAGACAGAGACUGCGCGUGCCGUCUUAUGUAUGUUUGUGUGUUUGUUUGUUUGGCACCCACCCACUGCCCUCCCUCAGCAAUUUGACGGAGAAGGUUGUGGUGGGGACGCAGUACGUGCUGGAGACGGUCGACAGGCAGGUGGCUCUCCCCAAUGUCCCCGCGUACCCCUCAUCCCGGUUCCGACUCCCGACGGACGCAGUCGACCCUCGCGCGCUACCUGACGCCACACAACACACGCCCGGUAAGCGAAGCGGGACACCCACAGUAUGACCGACAAAGCGCGCCAAUGGCUUGUCGAUGAAUGGAUGGAAAUGUGUGAUGGUGUCGCCUGCAGAGGAUGGUGACCGUUCCCCCGAGGAUGAAGGCGUGUCCCCUCUUGCUCACCCAGCCCCUCCUUCUGCCGCCCCUCAAGUGGAGCCAGCUGAGAGUGAGCAGCAGGAGGUGUGUGGCGGGUCGGAGGGUUGGCGGUCGUCUUCGAUGAACUGGACGGCGGUGGACAUCGGUGCGGGGGGCGCCUUCUACCAACCCACAACCAUGAGGGAGGGACUGGUGGAACACGCAUGGCAAAACAUCGCCAGAGGGGUCAGACACACACACAUCGACAUGCAGACAGACACUCUUCUGUUGUGUUCUGUUCUGGUGUGAUGGGUCAGGUUCGCUCUGCCGCCGACGUGGCCGUCACUGUGCCUUUAUUGGAACUGCACAGGUGCGCAUGCAAAUUCAUUUCAACACGCCGGCAGUAUGUAUGUAUUAUCGACGAUCAUAUUGUGAGAUGUCUGCUUGCAGGAGCGGUCCGAGCGUCGAGGCGAUGGAGGGGCUGGUGCGGGGCAUCCCGCUGUGCAUCCUCCGGCCCGUCAUCGGGGCGACAGAGGCAAUCGCAUCCACACUGCAGGCAAGUCAACACUCAACACGUGCACACACAUGUGUGUGACACACGACACAUGCUCUAAUAACGACGCGUCUUAUCGGUGGCUUUGUGCGUGUGUAUGUCAGGGUGUGCGCAACGAGCUGGAUCCGCGUAUACGGCGUGACAGGAUGCGCAAGUACAAGGGCCCCUCUCUGAAGGAGCCGCCCAGAUGAUUCAGUUGAUGGACGAAUGGCGGUCCUGAUAUCCAUGUCGUGGUGCGUGCGGUGCGUGUCUGCAUGGGUGCCUGGUAGAUGGGCCAGUCAGUGGUGGGGCGCAGGGAAGUUUCGCAGCGAGGUACGUGCACGUUCUUUUUUCAGAUGAUGCCUUUGUUCACAUCCAUCCAUGUGCCGUCGUCAAGUCAUGUUUUGGUGCACGCGAGUUUGGGUCGUGGGUCUUCGUGUGUGGGUGGUUGUUGCGUUGUGUUGUGUUGUGUCGUGUCGAUCCAUGUAGCGGUUUUCAUUGGCCGUCGUGUGUGUGUGUGUGUGUGGUCGUGGCGUUGGGAGCUUGGGGCAUUAAUGUGGUUGGGCUGGCAGGUGCGUGCCUGCACUGUACCAUAUAGCCAUACUAUGAUGUAGCCUGGGAUGCACGCAGCCACUGUGUGCCCGUGUGCUGUGCAUGUGUAUGCUAUGCUAUUCUCUCUGCCUUUUGCAAAUCGAGCCAGCUCUCUCCACCGACCCCACCCACUCUACCCAUCCCACUCUACCCAGCGAGGCAGCCAUCCUACUCACUCACUCCUCGCUUGCGAUCCUUUCUGUUAUCACCCGAUAUCCCCUGGCUGACCGGCGGAUCACAUCACCGCAUUGCAUUCAGGCACUCUGAAGGAAGCCAUCCUCUAAUCUAUUUUGUAUGUGUAUCCAUCACAUCAGUGAGUGUCUCAGCUGCUGUAUUGUAUAGAUAGCAUCCCCCACAUCCCACACCACUCCACCCCUUCCCCCGGUUUACUCCAUUCCCCCCCGUCUCUCUCUCGGUCUAUCUGUCUCUCUGUUUGUCUGUCCGUCUGUUUCAUGAUGUAUCCAAUGGGGUCGAGCCACUCGCUCUCCCAACGCACUUUCUGUGUGCCGUGCGGUGCUGCCUCAGGCAGCGCAGCGCAAUGCAAGGCACUCGCCACAUGCACUUUGGGCACACUAUAGUGGUCGAUCGCACAUAUCCCCCUCAGAGCUUUGCUUUCUUCUCCCUUUCUCUCCUUUUUCUGCUCAUUUCUGCAUGUGUGCAUGACGGCGUCAAACCUGUGCAUGUGUGUGUGCGCUUUUACGAGAUCCUUCCCUUCGCUCGAAGACGUACGAAUGUAUGCCUCUUCAGUGAAUCCCUUCCUGUUGUGCCCUCUCAACGCACGCUGGGACAACCCAUGGAGAACCGCAGAGAUGGCGCGAUUUAUUUCAUG